UGUGCAUCAUCGCGUAUCAGCAGUGAGAGGUGGUCGUGCGUGUGUGUGUGUGUGUGCUUGUUCGUCCAUUACGAUCAUCGCUGUCAGCACCUCACCCUCUCUCGCCGAGCUCCGGGAAGAAGAGGAGCCGGUUAGUGGUGCACCGGUUAUUGCGCUGGGCUGCUGCGAAAGGCGUGCAAGGGAACGGUGUUGACAUCACGCCGGUGACCGGCAGCGGGAGUCUUUGAAAAAAACCUCCCGCGAAGAGUUGCGCGCGUUGCCUCGUUCCGGAGUCCUCACGAAGCAGAUAUCGCAGCGGCACCGGAUAUUUCGACGGUAUUGAGGGCCGUGAGCCAUGGCGAUGGUCCUGUCGGCGUGCUGCUGCCUGCUGGUACUUUUGGGCCCCGGCUCGUCGGUCGAGGGUCAAGAGUUCUCUGCAAGCCAGGAGGCGUCUGCGCUGCCAGAGACCUUCUCACUGGAGAAGGAGUCGACUUCAAGUCUCGAGGCCGAACUGUCCACCGAGGAAGCACCUUCGCACUCGCAACUGUCGUCUGGCCACGAGCCGGCUGCGGGCCAGGACGGAGCCACUGCUGCCGCUUUGCGCUCGGACCCGUGCGCAACGAGCGCCGACAAUUGCUCCGAGUGUCUGAGGCAUCCGGAGUGCGCAUGGUGUUCCCAGCAGGACUUCCCGCGAGGUGUGGCGCGUUGCAACCCUGCCUCGGUGCUCCUGGACAGCGGCUGCAGCGAGGACGCCAUCGAGGACCCGGAGAGUCGCAUCGACCAAAUCACGCCCGUCGACAAGGCAGGGUCAGACGUGCAGCUCCAGCCCGGAGAAGUUCACAUCACGCUUCGACCAGGUUCGAAGCAGACGUUUACCGUUCGUUACCGCCAGGCGGAGGACUAUCCGGUGGACCUGUACUACCUCAUGGACCUCACUCAUUCCAUGAAGGAGCACAAGGAGAGGGUGGCUGAGCUCGCCGAUGACCUGGUGCAGAACAUGCUGAACGUGACGAAAAACUUCCGCCUCGGUUUCGGCUCGUUCAUCGACAAGGUGGUGCUGCCGUACGUCGACACCACGCCUGCCAGGCUGCGGAACCCGUGCCACGACACCGAAUGUGACCCGCCCUACGGCUUCCACCACCAGUUGGCGCUCACGUCGAACAGCAGCCUCUUCACCGAGAAGGUGUCCUCUGCCGGACUGUCCGGCAACCUGGACAAUGCUGAGGGUGGCUUCGACGCCAUCAUGCAGGCCGUCGUCUGCAAGGAGGCCGUGGGCUGGAGCCAGAGGUCCAGGAAGAUCCUGCUCUUCGCCACGGACUCCAUCUUCCACUCCGCCGGCGAUGGACUGCUCGGAGGCGCUGUCAAGCGUAACGACGAGCAGUGCCACUUGGACGAGGACGGCUUCUACUCGGAGAGUAAGGAACAGGACUACCCAUCCUUGAGCCAGAUCGUGCGCGUGGUGCAGCAGAACAAGAUCAACCUGAUCUUCGCGGUUCCCGAGAAGGCGUUCGGCGUGUACGACACGCUCAGCUCGUUCAUCGACGGAUCCUCCGUGGGCACGCUCGCCGGCGACUCCUCGAACAUCGUCCAGCUCGUCCGGGACCAGUACUACAAAAUUCGUUCAGAAGUGGUCCUCCAGGACAACGCACCCGACUUCCUCAAGGUCAGCUACAAGAGCAGCUGCCUGCGCGGGUCUAGUUCCAGAGGUCUGAGCAACGCCUGCGAUGGCAUUAAAGUCGGCGACGAGAUCGAGUUCCAGGUGACCGUGGAGCUGGAGCAGUGUCCCGGCGACGGCGUCCAGGGGGGCCAGAGCACGGCGUUCCGAAUAUCCCCCGUAGGGGUGAACGAGUACGUGCAGGUGCGCGUGGAGCCGAUCUGCCGCUGCGCCUGCCAGGACGUCGUGGAGGCGAACAGCAGCGCGUGCAGCGGCCGCGGCAGUGCUGUGUGCGGCGCCUGCGAGUGCGAGACCAGCUUCUACGGCAAGCACUGCGAGUGCCUGGGCAGCCAGUUGGAGCAGCACACGGCGCUGUGCCGGAGUGACAACUCGAGCGCUGAGCUGUGUUCACACCGCGGUGACUGCGUCUGCGGCGAAUGCAAGUGCUACGAUCCACCAGGCGUUCCGGGAGGUCGCGUGUUCGGCCAGUGGUGCGAGUGCGACACGUUCUCGUGCGAGCGCGACUCCGAGGGCCGCGUCUGCGGAGGACCCGAGCGGGGCGUCUGCUGCGGCGGCGAGUGCCGCUGCCGACCCGGAUGGCAGGGCUCGGCGUGCGAGUGCCCCACGGCCGCCGACACGUGCGUGGCGCCUCAGGACAGCGGCCGCCUGUGCUCGGGCCACGGGGAGUGCGUUUGCGGACGCUGCGUGUGCCACGCCGACGCCCGGGGACGCUUCGCGGGACCCUUCUGCCAGGACUGCGCGGCCUGCGUGGGCCGGUGCUCGGAGUUCCGCAGCUGCGUCCAGUGCGUCGUCUUCCAGUCGGGCGAGAUGAGCGAGGAAGAGUGCCGCCUCAACUGCAGCUCGCUCAACAUACAACCCGUGGACGUCGCCGAAGCAACCGAUCCCGAAGAGCGCAAGUGCAUCUUCAAGGACGACGACAGCUGCUCCUUCUCGUUCGUCUAUUCCUACGACGAGCAGAACGAACUGGUCAUCAGGGCGCAGACCACAAAAGACUGCGGCCGCGAGGCGCUCACGUGGUACAUCGUGGGAGGCCUGGUGGGCGGCAUCGUGCUGGUCGGCCUGCUCGUGGUGUGCAUCGCUCGCUUCCUCGUCUACCUCAGGGACCGCGUCGAGUACGAGAAGUUCGACAAGGAGAUCAAGAACACCCAGUGGGGAACGGACACGAACCCCAUCUUCAAGAAUGCCGUGUCCAACUUCCAGAAUCCAACCUACGAGUCCGGGCAGCGUGCGGUCGUCAGCUGACCGACGCGCUGGCCACUGCGAUGACGUCAGCACGGAUCGUUCUGCAAUACGUAUUUCGAUACUGGCGACACAUUUUUUUUUUGCGCGAAGUCUACAUUUCUCCGCGAGAACCCUGAACGCUCCAAGUCAUCAUCGGGUUUCACGAAGAACCCGUGUUUCGGGCUCCAAAGAUGUGAUGCUGCAGCAAUCACUACGCCGUGUCUCGUAAUCGUAUGAUGGUUUUGGGACGUUAAACCCCACAUAUCCAUCAACCAAUCUGGGCAUUGUCAAAUUCUGCCAUCUUCUCAAUACCGCUGUCGUAUCCUCUUUGAUUGGCACCGAGGGUCAUUACACCUAAGUAGCACGCUUUGUUGCCAUAACGUUGAAGCAAUGUCUACAACGUUAAGGCGCCAUUCACAACAUUGUGGCAACGUUAGGCCAACAGCUGGUGCUAUAGCGUCUUUCUGACUGGUUCAAAUGUGCGCCGUAUAUUGGGAUGACGGAAUUCGGCGAUGUUUAGCAUAGUGCUCAAUCCCAGAGGAAUCGUUUGCUUCUUCCGAUGCACUCCGUGAUCUCUGCUUUGACGUAUGCACGUGGUUGUGUCCCUUUGUUGACAAGACUGGAGGCUGACCGCAUUAUUCAUUAGUACCGCUCGUUCACCGAAGUACGGUAGCCUGGCUAUUUCCUCGAAGAUUGUAGACCCUGCCAUCUGUGAAUCCGUGAUUAUCGUCGAAGAAGCAGCGGGGCGGGAUCGUGAGUAUCUGGGAAGACACUAUAGCACCCUUUAAAGAAGUAGUGUUGAUUUGGAUGUCUGUUGCGAGUUGGCAAUCAAUUUAGCGUGUGCUGUCGCUAGAUUGAUACCAUGCAAAUCGACAUACGUGGUUAGUUCGUGCAUUUUGUCCCGAAUAACACCGUGUACAGACCAGCACAGUGCAUGGCCACAAAAAAAUGAUCUCGCGUUUAAUGGACCUCAGGAAACUAUUCGUAAUUCAUGUUUUCUAGGAAAUUGUGUUUUUUACCGUAUGGUACGAAGGUAUACAAUAUCGCAUUUUUAUAUUUUUUAGAUGUGUAUGUGAGUAGGAAGAAGCUCAGUGUAAGCAUGCAGAAGGCAUUUCAUUUUACGUUUCCUUAGAACGUAUGUCACAGCCGCCAGCGCUCAAAAAAAAGUUCUCGUGGGUCCAUUAUUUUCAUUGUGACUACUUUGUCUAGCGAGAAGUGUUUUUAUCUUAGCAACUAUAUAAUUAACUUAGUAUCAUGCGUUAGUAAUUUUGUCUGGCUGCAUGACAUCAGCCAGACUAAAUGCAGGGCAGUGUACCGGUUAUGCCGAACUGGUUACCAUCCCUGCCUUUCCUCUCUAUCUCUCUCUCUCUCGUUUUCCUUCGUGGCUGCAUGCUGCGAUACGUUAUGUAGAACCAUAGAGCACAAAAUGUUGUUUGUUCCUAUUUUCCUGUGUGCAGUAUUGUUUUACAUCGCGAUGCUCCGGCCGUUGUAUAUGCAGAUGCUAUCUCAGCAUGUAGCUUGUAAAUGCGCAAAUAGGCCACGCGACUUACGUCGCAACAGUGCCAAAUGGUCUCUGCUUUAUGAAAUGCUGUGUAAAAAAAAACAAAAAAACUUGGGAUAAUGUCAGAAGGAAGUGCAGAAACCAAAAAGCAGGGGGCGCCGCUACCGUAAGGUUCCCGCGCCAGCUCACUGUACGUACUCAUAAUAUCCUUGCUUGCGUGGCAUUUCUGGGUUGGUUUACCGUGGCCGUUCCUAUUUAUACUGGUUUAUCGUGAAAACAAUAUCCUGUGUUACAUUUACGUGGAAAGACAUGCAAUGGAAAGCAAUGGAAAAGGAAGCGAUAGGUGUAACCUUAAGAUACAAGAGGAGAGCAGAGUGGGUCAAGGAACGAACCAGGGUUAAGAAUAUCAGUUGAAAUAAUAAAAAAAAAAGAAAUAGACACGAGUCGGGAGGCGUCGUGCGUUGACAGGAUAACCGCUGGCCAUUAAGGGUAACUGACUGGAUUUCCAGAGAAGGCAUGUGCUAGAGGGAGGCGAAGUUAAGUGGGCAUGCAGAUUAGAUUAAGAAGUUUGCAGGUGUAACGAGGAAGCAGAAAGCACAUGUGGGACCGGGUUAAUUGGUGGUGCAUGGGAGAGUACUUCACCCUGCAGUGGCCGUAGUCAGGCUGAUGACGAUGAUGAUGACGAUCAAAGGGAGUGAACACUCAUCUGUACGCAGCGCGAUGCCAAUUCUUCCUGUACAAGACCAUCUAAAUGCGAGAAAUGUCCGCUGUGGUUGGAGUUCCUGGUUUCGGUUCUUUGCUCAUGCAGCACCGCUGCGGAAGAAGCUCGAGUCAACGCCUACAGUAUUGGGUCCCCCGAGCAAUAUAAAGGAAGGCAUGAAACCACGCCUUCGGGCGUUACCGCACUUUUAUCGUAUAGCUCUACAUUGGAGUCGAUUCCCGUGACGUACAUUGUAGUCUGUGACGUCAUGCUGGCGUACACACCGGAGGGUUGUGGGUUUUGUUGUCAUAGUGAAGCACGGGAACUUCGGUCUUCCCGUGAGAACUGAUUUUUAAUAGAAUAUACUUUGCUUCAACUAGAUCGAUUUAGUCUUGUCGCUUGCUGGGCUUCGUCAGCGUCAUACAGGAACGCGUUUGUGUAACGACAAUCCUGCCGCCUAUAUACUUAUAUACCUCGUAUGACGCUGGCUGUCUGAGGUAUGAACAGUAUAUAUGAUGACAGGUUUCAGUGUAACGCAUAUGUCGCUGUCUUGCGAAGUUGAGAAGGUCUGCAAAAACCACACAUAGACUGCUUCUGCGUGUGAACAGGACACGUCACGUGGUUGUACACAGUCUAUACAUGUACCCGCCAUGUUGGCGAGAGUUUUCAUUGUGCCAUCUGACCCAUGUCUGGGCACGCUCGACAUUAAUUUUAAUUUUUUUCUAUCUACUUUUUUGAGUGAUGCUGUCCUUUCUUAUUCGUUGUUAGUAGAUAAUACAUGAAUUUUGUGUUCCCCAGAGCACAAGGUAUAUAAGCAUGGCUCAAGUUAAAACAGAAUCAAAUUUGCACGUUCGCGCUGAAAAAUGCGUACGUAAACAUUUUUCUCCCGAUAGCACAGUUGUUCAGAUUACUUACCUUUUUCCGUUCACAGUAAACCUAAAUAAAGAUGUAAUUUGCCAUAACAGCGAACCACCGAAGGCCUAAAGAGAACUUUGGUUGUCUUGGCCGUCCGUCGGUUGUUACCUCUGUGCUAGAGAGUCUUGUCAGUUAUGUCGUGCGUAUGAAAAUGCUAGUUUCGUGCCGUGGGACAGUGCCUUGCGUGUUGCGCUCGUUCCGGCUCUUGUAAGUGUCGAUAUCGGCUUCAUUCAAGGCGUCAAGUUUAUCCGAUGCUGCACGCACAGCAAACCGACUGAAAUUGCUUUCGCAGCCGUCUACAUGCAUCUAGGACGCACAUACGCGGCAAUAAUAUGACGCCAUAAAGGAUAGUUUCUGCUCGGACAAACACGAACCGACGUUCAUGUGAACACGAUAUCAGGGUAUUGUUGCCGGAGGCUCGCAGGCAGCUCCGUAACUUCACCGACAUUGCUGUUAACCAUAAGAGAAACUGUAUAGCAACAAAAUUAGCGCAGCGGUAUACAGCUCGCUGGAGGAGAGUCGUGCUCUAAUACCAAUGGACGGCCAAAGACAGUGGAAAAGAAACGGUCAUCACUCCGUGAACUCCGUUCGCCAUUUUCUGUAUUAAUAAAGUUGACCGUACUCUCCGCUCACCUGCGUAGACGAGCCAGUGUGCUCGUAAAGUGAUACUGCUUGAGCCACGCAUGACUACCCUCAGUGCAUUUUUUUUUUUGCGAAACAUUCUGUAUGUUUUUCUCUCACGUGUCUUUCUGUUCUGUGGUGCCGCUGAACUAAGGGCUAGUCAUGUUGUCAUGAGCGAUUCUUUCCUCGUUUUUCUUGUGUUUUUCUACGUGCAUUGUAGGUUUUAUUUUUUUACAAGAAAAUAAAGUCAGUAGUUGAGUGAGUGAAAAUCA